GGUCUCACACACGAUAUGGCUGUGGAAAAUGGUGGCAUGUUGUAUUACACAGAGCAUCGUUACUACGGACAGAGUUGGCCACACGAAAAUAAUAGCUUAACCGUGGCACAACUUCAACACUUGAGCUUGGAGCAGGCUUUGGCUGAUUUGGCUUACUUUAUACGCUAUCAGAAGACCCACAAUCCGCAUUUAAACCAUUCCAAAGUUAUAUUAAUUGGUGGAUCAUAUUCGGGCAGCAUGGCUGCCUGGAUGACACAACUUUAUCCGGAACUCAUAGCAGCAAGUUGGGCUUCCAGUGCUCCACUGCUCGCCAAGGCGGAUUUCCAUGAGUAUAUGGUACUUGUCAGCAGUUCACUGCAACUGAGCUAUGGACACAUUUGCACAGAGCGUCUGGAGAUGGGGCUGCAACACUUGGUUGAGUUAUUCAAGGCGAACGAAACUGAGAGUUUACUGAAAGCGUUGAAUGCCUGUGGGAAUUUUAAUGCAAUGGAUGCGUUGGAUCGCAUCUCAUUUUUCAAUGGCAUUGGCAAUUACUUUGCAUUGAUUGUGCAGAGUUACAGUACGUAUAUUCCGGUGCUCUGCAAUGCACUGCUGAGGCAGCAGUCAAGCGAAGAGAAGGCUUUGCAAAAUGUUCUCGAACAGCUCUAUGCGGAUGACACGCAGUGUCAGGACUUUAGUUAUCAGGCCAUGCUGCAACUCUUUGACGAACAUUCAGACCAAAGUUCGGGCACACGCGCUUGGCUGUAUCAGACGUGCAAUCAGUUUGGCUGGUAUACCACAACAAUCUCGGACAGCAACUCAUCCAGCAGCUUUGGCAGCCAGGUGCCUCUCUGGUAUUUUGAGCAACUUUGCCGCGAUUCCUUUGGUGCUGGGCAAACAUCAAGCAAGCUGCAGGCGAACAUUGCUCGACUGAAUGCACAAUUCGGUGGCAUCGCUUUCAAUCAGAGCGAACGCUAUCGCGAGGUCAUCUUCACUCAUGGCCAACUGGAUCCGUGGCGUGCUUUGGGACAGCAGCAUGGCAAUCAGGCCAUAGUUCUAUCAGGAUACUCGCAUGUGGAGGAUUUGACCAGCAUCAAUGUGAGAGACACAGUGUCCAUGAAUCUGGCCAAGCUGCGGGUCAUGUCCUUUCUGCGUCGACACAUUGCAGCCAUAUAA